CAGCCAUGUUUAUUUGAGAGAUUGAAUGUCUAGAGUUUCCUUCAAAUAUUUUACGUAUAGGACUGGUUCUAAAAUAUGUUGGAUGUUGGAUGGGAUCAGCCAAUCAGAGUUAUCUAAAAUAAAGCGGCCGCGUUUGUUUCCGUUUCCGAAGUGUAAUAGUUUAAAUAUCAGCAAUGGCGAAUACUACUUGGGAAAGAAAUGCAGUAAUUGAACUAAUACUAUUUUAUUUCCUGCUGUAAUAUGUAAUUGUUAUUGUAUAUUAUCCUCCAAUUGAAUCUGUAUGUACGGAAGUGCAGGUUAAUAUAUUUGACUAAAAUAAGUUACUGUAGUUUUGGAAUAUUAUGGUCCUUAAACCAGAAAACAUCUUCUAUUCAACUUACGAUCAUUAUUUGACUGCUAUACCAGUUUUGCUUAUGUUCAGGUAUUGUUGAUACACUAAAUUAAAACAGCAAGCAUUGCGUACAAAAUGUGCCAUCAGGAAUGAGGUAUCAAAACUAGGAUAUGCAUUUCGGAACUUUUACCUACAAAUCCAAAUUAAUAACACCUAAAAUAAAUUUUAAAAUAUUUCAAUUCAGAGACUUAAUGUAACUAAAAUUAUUUUGGCUUACCCAAUCAAUCUUUCUUAUAAGUCAUUGUUCUCCUUAUUUCACAAUAGCUGCUACUCUGUAAGUAUUGUCUGGAAUUUUCUGGAAUAUAGACUCAAUUUCCUGACAAUAGAUGGUACUGACUUAUGUUAAAGCAGCAUCUCUGAGUAAGCAAGUAGCUCUGGUGAUUUGCAAGAAAGGCCUAGAAAUAUUAAAAUUCUGCCUACGUGUUCAAUUAUUAUUAUUUAAGUUUUGAAAGUAAUACCAUUUUUCAUGAAUGUAAAUAUUUGUGUAGCAGAUCCUUGUCAGUAAGCCUAUACUUUCCAGGCUGUACGAAACAAGCAUACCUGGUCAAAUAUCUCGUUAAAAAAUUAUUUUAAAGAGAUAAUGUGACUGAGGUGAAGUUAGCUUAAAGGCUCAGGUUGAGGUUUGUAACAGUAAAUACACUUAAUUCAAAAUAAAACAAAAUUGCCAAUUUCUAAACACAGCAAAAAUUAACACAUUCACUUUAAAGUAUAGGAACAAUUUUGAUGAAAUACAAGUGAAAGUGUCCAUACAACAGCAGCUAGUUGGGUGAGAAAAUAAGCGGGAAUGAGAAGGGAUAUGCCUACUUGCAGAUUUACAUUUAAUUAUAUGUUUUAUUCUUACUAAACAUACCUUUAAAUAUUGUUUUUGAAGAGCACUAUAAAUUGCACUACAAAUUUCAGGUAAAAAUUUUGAGAUGGUGUUGUGUGGAAUACUUGUAGAGAACAUAAGGGACUUAAAUGAUUCCCCUGUCGCCAAAAAUCUUAAUGUAACUGCCAGCCUCUGCUUUGCUGGUAUAGACUGGCACAAAUGAGUAUCCUUCUUUGCAAUGCGAGACUCCACAAUUGAAAGAAGAAGAUCAAAACUUUCAGAAUCCAUUAUUACAUAGUUCGGAAAUGAAUCGGCAUCUUCGUAUCGAAGUUCAUGACAAAAAGGGGUAAUACACCAUUUGUUUUCCGGGAAAGUAUCCACUGUCUCGUCCACCAUCUGCGUUUCCUUUUCUUAGAUUUCUCUUCUAGUUUACUGAGACUUGCUACAAUUGCAAUUACAGCUACAGCUUUUGAAACACUUUGAUGCUCUUAAUGCAGGCAUUGCAAACACCUGGAAAACAUAAAUUUUAAACUGUGUAUGAUCACAAUAUACCUAAAUUGGAAUAUAACCUACUUAAAAAAGCCCGCGUUCCUUGACCCAAAAUUUGUUUUUGAUUCUAAAUACUGUCAUUUACAGUUCUCUACAGAAUGUUUGGUAAAACGAGCUCACUCAAAGAAAAUUGAUAGUGUGAAAUGACUUCAAAUAUAUUUUACAUUGCUCGUCAAAUAAUAUUGAAUACAAUAUAUUUGAAGACGUAUUUCAUCCAAAAUCACCCUUCAAAUUUUGUUGUCCAAUUUAUUGGAUACAAUAUAUUUGACAGUGUGACAGGGCCUUUAAUGAUUUUGAACAGAGUAACUGGACACACCAGUGUCGCAUACCUCGCCGAGAAAGUACUCGUGUGUCACGUGUCGCUGCUGCGGCAAGUCACCAUUAAUUUCCCGGCGCCGUUACUCUUAGCGACCUGCGACCCACGCCGCAGCGACUUGCACCGCGGUGACUCACUCGUAGCGACACGUGACCCGUGACACGCAUCGCAGUGACAAGCGCGAAGAGACGUGACAUUGGCCCUGUUACUUAUAGCUAAAGUCACCACCGUGACACAUGACAUUGCAGUCGCCGUGACAAAGUCACCGGUACAGUAAAUAUUCCCCAUCCCUAGCCCGGAUCUCUGCCCAGUCAGUCUCCUCCUUCAGCCAGCCGAGAGUGGACGUCUCUGCAGACACCCCGAGGACAUCACCGUUGUUUCACCGAGAAGUAGUUCUGUUAAUUAAUUUAUUAAAAUCGUUUUCUUUUUAUCCUCGGGGCCUCUCUCGGUCGGAGAGAAUGCUUUAUUAAUAAUUAUUUACUCUCCGGAGUUUUCUAUCAUCUGUGUAUUAAGUAACGGCUUGAGGCGACCACGUGCGUGGUUCGCCUCCUCACCUAAUUCGAUUCGUGCCUCGGGCGUUUAUAGCAGUAUCACGGAAGGAUUGUGUAAGGGCGUGUAACGUGAAUAAUAAAAUCCAACUUAACUGAGUCACGUGUCUAUGUUCGGGGGGCCACGUGGGUCCCUAACCUGGUCAGCGGCGUGUGGGACGCCCUGAGAGCCCACUGCGGUAAUUAGGAGCGUGCCCGACGCUGAGAGCGGGCUUAGUUAGGGACAGGUGUUGCGUUAAGAAUCAGGAGGGCUAAUAUCUCGCCGCACACGGGCCACGUAACGCCCUGGGUUAGAGUCUCCAGCCGGGUCCACGUGCCCACUCACGUGGUGGCGCCCAUUAAUUUCCACCCAGAAUCCAGCCUCAACACCGGGGAGGACAUGCAGGAGCGCCGUGUAGUCGCCGUGUCGGCGGUCGCCUGCCUGCUUGCGCCGUGCCACUGGGUCGAGGGACACAGCAGGGACGAUGUGUGGGCGCGAGCCCGCCAGUUCCUGGACCGCGCCGUGCCCUCGCACGAGCACGUCGUGGCAUCGCUCCUCCGGCAGCGCGCCUGGGCCGCCUACUGCCACGGCCUCGCACGGGCCCUGCGGCGCAAGCGCGCUCUCUGCACGGCGCGGCACAGCGACGUCCCGUACUCCGUCCGCAUCCAGAGCGAGGCUCGCCCCGCGUAGCAGCCGUCCGCGCUUUCACGGCCGUCGUCCGAGGCAGCUCGGCUUACCUAGGCCAAGAAAGACUGUAAAAAUUGACGUUUACAGUUUUGAUAGAAGAGUUAUUCGAGAUACAAUUCACGAAUUCUAUAUUGUGAAAAAGGUUGUGCCAACAGUCAACAAGCUAUUACCAAUUCUUAAAGAAAAGAUCGGCUGGAUUUGGAGCAAAUCAUCAUUGUGCCGACUUCUGAAGGAAAUGGGUUUCGUGUGGAGGAAAACCCAAGACAAACGUGUAGUACUCCUUGAACGAGCUGAUAUCGUUCGUUGGCGGUCAAAAUACCUUACUGAAAUGAAGAAAAUAAGAAAAGAUGGAAAAGAAAAAUUUUUCCUUGAUGAAACUUGGGUUGACACAAAUUUAACAUUCAAGAAAUGUUGGCAGAAAAAGGACGAUAUAAACUGUGUUAUGAGUAUAGGAAACGCAGCUCACAGACUAAUAGUUUUGAAUACUGGUUUGAGAAAUGGUUUCCUUCCAGGAGCAUGUGUUGUUUACAAAGCUAGUGCUACAGUGGGGGAUUACCACAGACAAAUGAACUCUGUAAAUUUUGAAAAAUGGCUUUCAGAAAAGGUACUGCCAAAUCUACCACCUGCAUCGAUCGUAGUUAUGGACAACGCACCAUACCACUCCAAACAAGUGGACAAGCCACCAUCAAAAUACGAUGUUAAACGAGAAAUAGUGGGAUGGCUUAAUAGAAAUGGGGUCGAAUGUAAUGUGACUAUGAGUAAAACAGAGCUACUAGAUCUGCUGGACAGACAUCGACCACAAACAAAAAGGUUUAGAGUUGAUCACCUAUUAGCAACUCAAGGUCAUCGGGUUAUCAGAUUACCACCCUACAUGUGUGAAUUGAAUGCUAUAGAGCUAGCUUGGGCAAAACUUAAACGUCUUGUGCGAGAAAAUAACACCACCGGUGAAUUGUCUCUCCAAUCAUUGCAAAUUCAAACCACACAAGCUAUGAAUUCUAUUACCUGCAGUGACUGGGAGGGCUACUGCCAACACGUACAGAACACGGAAGACAAAUAUUGCAAGAAAGACCACUUAAUGGACGAUAUUCAAGACGAAUUUGUCAUCACCAUUGGGAACGACAGUGAAGAUAGUGAUACCGGUGAGGGUAGUGAAAACAGUCCCAAAAACAGUGAUGGUUACUGUUCUACAUCCUAUAAAAGUAACGACAGUGUUUUGGCAAGUCCAUUGUGAGUUUCCUGACAUGUGCAACACAUUUUGUACGUUUGAAACAAUAUUAUAUUUCAAAUAUAUCUCUAUCAGUGUAGCUUGGUAUUUCACUCAUACAUUUCUGAAUUGUAUUUAAUUCAUUGGUAUUGUUUAUUUAUAGCAUUUGUAAUGCUAUACUUUCAGCCUUAUUAAUAUUAUUAUUAUUUUACCAUUCAUGUUAUCACAUUUUUAAUAUCACUACCAUAUUUGCGAUAGCAAUUAAAUUGCUUUUUAAGAAGAUUAUUUAUAUAGUAUUGAAACAAUGUUAAUGCGUUGUAAGAUAUGUGUUAUUAGGAUAUUUGAUUGUUAACAGCAUAUAUACACAUAUAUAUAUGAUUUGAAGCAUAAGUGACAGUAAUGCCUAAGACACUUUGUAUAGCAUAGCUAUACAAAGACUGCAGGGACAUUUCAGCUGUGCAGUAAUGCAGUACCGUGAAGAAUGUUUUAUUCACAUUUCGAUGUGACAUAAAUGUUUAGUAUUUUAAUUUAUGUAUAAUAUUUAAUGUGUUUUUUUUUACUGAAAAAAAUUAGUACCUUGCCUUGAAAGCUGUUGUAAAGUCAAUGAUUAUGGUCACAUGGUACAGGUGUAUAUGAACAUUUACUGUGAAACAUUUAUAAAUAUAUUCAUGUAACGGAAUAUAUGACCACGUCGUUACUACUAUCGUCCUCGCUACAGAUGAUCGUACCCUCUGAUCCGAGGACGAGAGAGCUGGAGUGCCACCAUUCCUGGCGCGGACAAAUGUUUUCAUGUAAGAGAAUAUACGGCCACGCCGUUACUGCUGUCGCCCGUCGCUGCGGGUGGUCGCGCCCUCCCAUUAGCCCGAGGACUAGGGAGCUGGAGUGCCACCAUUCCUGGCACGGACAGUAUAACUAAUUUCACUCUCGCUAAUUUUCAUUGGCAGAAAUUACCAACCACAAAUUGAAUCAUAAACUGGAAAUUCGCAGUACAGGAUGGCCAUAAAAUAAUGUCCCUGUUUCAAUGGUAUAUUAUAACAGUUUAAUUAAACUAUUUACAACAAAUCAUGCAUCAAAUUGAAGGUAAACCAACCUAGUUUUUCGUACAAAUGUUCAAUAUGUGCACCUUUACCUAUGCGGCGCACAUACAACCUAACAUUCAAUUCUUCCCUCUCUUUGGUUAACACGUCCGGAGUAAUGUAUGCAAUAGCCUCUUCAAUUCUGUGUCUCAACUCUGGAAAAUCGUCAGGUAGCGGCGGUACCUAGAAACUAUCUUUUAUAAAGCUCCAAAGGAAAAUAAAAUUGCAUGGCGUUAUGUCAGGUGAACAUAGAGGCCAGCGUAAAAGAGCUCUGUAAUCUCGACCAUUGCGACCAAUCCAACGGUCAUCUGGCUUUAAAGCAUGUAGCAACGCUAACCGGUGUGGACUUUAAACGAAACACACGCUGAACUGAAAUUACUGAUUGUUAGCAAAUUGCAGAACACAAAUUGCUUUAUGCUCAGGAGUUGCCAUUUUGAGUUACUCUUUAAUUGUGACCUUGAACAACACUACAACGCUUACAGUUGAUACUAUUAAAAUUAAUAAAAUACUGUACUGUUGCAAGCACUGCUCUAAGGGAGGGGUAGUAAGGGAAAUCCUCCCCCAAUUCUGAAUUUAAUUUAUUUUUUAUAUUGGAUUUAUAUUUAUGUUUCCUUUCAUAGUCUCUAAAUUCAAAAAUUGAAAUGUGAAAGCGGUUUGUGAGAAAGUCCAGCUCCCACUAGAAGUAUGAACGUACAGGAUGGAUAUGAGAGCACUCUAAAAAAAAAUGUGAUACCUAAUCUUUUAGUUCUCGCCAGUGAUGUUAAAUAUCUAACCUUGGUAACCAGCAAAUUCAUGUUUUAUCAAGUUGCAAAUAAACUCAUAAUACAAAUCUCGGAUACCAAAAUUAACACAGAAUACUUUAAAAUAAUUGAGUGUGUGAUAAAUAUAUGAAAAGUAUUCAUUUUAGGGAAAAAUUGUUAACAUUUUUCACCUUUUUAAAACCUUACUGUAAUCCUGUUUAAAUAGAUGGUACUUUUUCUCAGGGCUACCCGAACAGGAGUACCGAACGUAACACAUACCUCAACGCUGAACCUGUGACAUUUCCCCCUAGUCCGGAAUCAUCAUUGCCUGUGUUUUUGAGGUUAUAUGUACUUCUUUAGGCGUGUUGAGGGUGAAAUUUUAGUAUGCACCAGAAAUGCAGUGAAAUAAGCGUGCAAUACACUACGGAAGUUUGAUGGGUUGCUAGUCCAAUGUGCAUGCACGCAGAAACUGCUAUGGCCAUGAGCCAAGGUCGUCAAGAUUGUGGACUCAUGUGUGGCUACUGCACCUGUGCAAGUUUCGCGAACAUUGGGGAUUUACUAAGUGUAUUGGUGCGCUAGAGAAAACUGGUAGUGAAUUUAUCCUGGAAUACAUUUUGCAAACUUUAAUAGCCAUGAGAAAAUAUAAUAACUUUAAAAAAAUUGGUUGUCUGUAAAGUCGGUUUACGGACGAUAGUUUAACGUGACAACGUUAUAACAAAACAUUGAUGAAAUGAUUGCAUAAAUUUAUGAAUAAAAUGGAAUCAUUUUUAUUGAAUUAUCACUAUUUUGUAUGGAUACAAAGGAGGAGUGAAAUGAAAUCUACAAUUUAAUUGAUAAAUUUAUUUUUAUUUGCACUCAUUAAUUCAAAUAUGUUUAUUACUUUAACGAAGAGAUUAUUUUAACUAUAACUUUUAUACAUGUUUGCUAUUUAAAUUCUUCCAAUCUGUGUUAUUCUGUUAAGGAUAGGACGAUGAUAGGAAAAGUAGGAAACGAAUGGGAGUGUUUCAAGUUUAAUGUGCCUCGAAAAAGUCAAAUCGAUGGUUGUUCCAAUUGAGUGGAAGAGAGAUAGAUGCGGCGCAAGUGUACAAUGAUCAUAACGGGACACUGCGUAGCGGGACAAUGAGUCAUCCUUUUUCGUGCAUGCAGCCGGCGAACAUUGAUUUAUUAGACGUCACGUUUAAAUACCUAUAAUUUCUUAUCCAGGUAAAAUGUGUUGGGGCGAACAUAGCGUCAAGUGUAUUUAAUGUGUGGUUGGUUACGUGUAGUAUUCCGAACAUGGGGCUAUCUUUCAAGUAUUUUUUGAACUAAAAGUGUUAGUCCAAUAACUCCCAGCUUGGACUUGUUUUUUGAAAAGGAAAUUUGUUAAAAUACUGCCCAUCUUGUAAAAAUUCAUUAAACAGUUAAUUCUAAAAAUGUUUCUGCAUACAUGGCAUUAUUAAUAUAUUAACCUCAAACAUUUUAAAACACAUAUUGUAAUACUAAGUACGUAUAUUUUUGUAUAUUUGUUUUUGCUUGAACGUUGGAAAUCAGCCUGUAAAUUCUUCCUACAAUUAAUUUACAGGAAUAGAUAAUUAAAAAAAUUUGCUGGUAAAUAGAAAUUUUUUCGUAAGUUAACUCCAAGUAUUUUUUUUUAUAUGACAAACUAAUUUUUCACUACAUACUGACAGACCAAUAAAAUGUUUGCUAGCUAUAUAAUUCUCCUUAAUCCUAUGGAAACCUUACCUUCCAUGUGCUGUGAAACAAGUUAGGUAUUAAUGCAGCAAGUAAAUUUAACACAGAUAUAACUAAAAACUGGGCUGCAGUCAAUCUACAAUACAUAUUAGUACAUAACAAAAGAGAGUGCAUGUAACUCAGUACAUGUGAUACAAAUGAAACUUAUUUGGCAAUUCAAACCUUGAUUCGUAAAUAUAUCGUAAAGGGUAAAACAACAGAAUGAGAGAAAGAAUACAAUUUUCUAAACAUAACACAGCAUAGGAUUUUUUGGCUUUCAUUUAUUUUUCAAGUAUUAAAGGAUACUAACCUUUAUUUUAAUUUAUAAGAAAUUUGAUUCAGAUAAAUUAAUUAAUGAACAUGAAUAAAAAUUAUUACUCACUGUUGAAAUACACCAUAAACUGCACGUGUUACUGUUUCUUCAAACAAUUCUGUCAUUUUGGAACACGCAAAAUCUCGGAAUGAAAUAUGAAAUUCACGACAGCGGGAAAUGCAGGGACUGUCUCAACAGAGCUCUCUACACUGCUGGUUGAACAAGGAGAGAAAACUAGCAUGCUGGUAGCAAAUAUAAAAUUCAAGGCACUCAUAGCUGACUGUUCAUACUACGUAUAUCUGUUUUCUGAAACCAGAAGUACAUGCUCACUAUUUCUGUCAUUCUUUUGUUCAUCCAUCUCGCUUGUUCUAUUUUUUUUUUUUUUUGGGUGGGGAACGAAUAAUUGACAAAGAGAAUGAAAACAAGCCCAGAAAUGUAUAUAGCAUAGUGUUCUCUCUAUAUCUUUUUGGCCAAGUUCGUAUUCUCUGUGCUUUCAACAUCAGAACCAUUCCACAACAACGUUUCACAAAAAACGGUGCAUUAAAAUUUGGCUUUGAAAUUUUACUCUCAUCACCCUCAAAGAAGUUCCACUUCAGAAUUAAAUUCUAUGUAAUUUGUGAUAUAUACGGUGAGAUGUGUUGCUCUCUGUGAUGCUGGCCCCUCUGCUCUGGAAAGGGGCGGCUCGUCUGGGUCCCAGUGACCGCCUUGUGGUGCGGGCAGGAGAGACCGUGUCUCUUCCAGGGACAUCAAUGUGGCACGGGUUCCCCGCCUGAGCACGCACAACGUUCCCGCGGGUAAAUGAUUCGUCGAGACAGUUUCCGCUGCACGGCCGUUUGCCGUACCCGACACAAAACACCGAACCUGGUCCCCUGUAGAGCCAGCUGUUAAUAAACGAUGGGAGGCAAUCUGCCUGCGACCCGGUGGGUUUUCUCUGGGUGGUUCCGUUUCCUUUCCCCCAACAAGCAAGUUUCGUGCCACUCCCACACUCCGACAGGUCUGUUCCUACGGCAGGGCAGGCGGGUCUCAUGCCAUAAUGUUGGACCUGCCUGGGGCGGUAAAUAUGUAGUUGGGCGAUAUGUGUUAAAAAAAAUUUUAUAAAAUCCGAAAAUACUUUUAUUCUAUGCUCUUUAACUUCCUCUUUUCAUUAAAACCGGCGGAGAUAAGAAAUUCCAAAUAUGUACUAGGAGAUAUCAAAUUUUUUAAUUUUCAUCACAAUACCUGUGCAUUCAUGCUGCUUUCAAAAUUGUUUCUUGUUUACGAGUAUAAAAUUUAUUUUUUCUUGCGGCGUUCACCAUUGUUUACCCGCCUCUGACUUAGGUGAGUUUUUAACGUUUCAAAUUUUAAUGUUUUAUUUGUUAUUUGGAUAUUGUUGCGCAAGUAAUAAAUAAAAAAAAUUUACGUGAGUUCCUACCGUUCAUCCUUUGUCCCAGUUUGUUAGGUCAGGUCAGUUACAUUAUAAAUACUUUAAAUCUAAACAACCAUUAAAAUUAAUUUAUAUUAUUUUUAAUGUCCACUUAGUUUGAAAGUAAAUAUUUAUAAUGUAACUGACCUGACCUAAUCGACCAUUUUUAUUAAUAAGGUAUUCACGAACACACUGCAAAAUAAAAAAUUGUGGCGGUCGAAUGAUUGCACAGGUCUUGUAUUGCAGACUAAGAACGGCGAUAUCUCCUAAAGUAUUUGGAAUUUCUUAUUUCCGCCGGUUUUUAUGAAAAGAGGAAGUUAAAAGGCACAGAAUAAAAGUAUUUUCGGAAUUGAAAAUUUUUUUUUAGUAAAUAUCGCCCAACUACAUAUUUACCCCUGGAACUUCAGGUUAAGUACACGUACACACACGAGUCUGAUGGUAGCGGACUUCCGUGUGUUUACAUAAGUGCAAUGCACGAGGCAACAACAUUGUACGAUUGUUUCAACUUCGUCGCGAACAGACCGUCUGAUAGCUGGAGGGGUUUGUACAUUUGUGAACGAAGGCAUGUCACAGUGUGUUUAUAUAUAGCUGAAUAGUUACACAAUGGUUUUCUUUGUUACUUUGGUUUGAGCAAACAUUCACUUGUAAAGUAGGUAUUCUGAUUUUUUCUCAGUUUGGAGCAGGGCACAGAUUGAUUACCACGUUUUAUUGCAUAAUCAUCACACAUUUUAUACUAAAAUCAAGUUUUGAAAAGUAGAGGUGUGAUUUUUAUGCAGUUUGUUGUCUUUUCAUUAGUACUUGUUCAUUAUGUGCUGCUGUGUGUUUGCCUGUAACAAUGUUGUGUUUAUUUGUGGUUUUUUUUUACUUACUACCAAGGAUUCAAAACAGUUCCUAAGCAUGUGACAAAUGAUUUAAAAAAUAAAUACAAAUAAAAAUUUA